UAUUUAUUUUUAUUUAUUACUGGCGAGUCCCCAGAGGAUAUGGAACUUGUGGGGUCAUUUGCUACUUUUGUGCCCCUGUAUUGUCAGAACACGGCCAUGAGAUGGAAGCUGUGGUCAUUUAAAGGAAGUAACGGUAGGUUUGAAGAAAAAUUAUAGCAAUAACGACAGACUGUGGGGGAACAUUCUCUUGCCUAUUGCUGUUUGAAGAGAAAAAGCCAUUUUUAUGGCUUUUGAAAAUUUGCUUCAUUCUGCCAGGAUUCAAACUAGACUAUUCUGAGGCCCUAAAGGUUCUAAGCAAUUCCCAGGCAAAAUAGUUGGCAGCUUUUAGUAUAAAAAUUAUUUCAGUUUCACCAUGAAAAUAAAAUCAUGUGGACACAGUGUGUGGUUCCUGGAGCAGGCAUUGAAGAUCUAGGCUUUUGACAUGAAUUGCCUUUGGACAAAUCAUUUAAUCGCCUUAAGUCUCAGUUUUCUCAUCUGUAAGAUAGAAAAGUGUCUGCACUUUCUCCCUGUUACAGUGUUGAGGGUAAUGGAGACAGAGCUUGAACCCUGACGUGUAAUGCAAGUCAGGGUAGGAAUUAUCAGCACAAAGUAAAAAGUGAGAUUCCUCUCUUUUAUGCCUGUCCCCCUGCCUGUAUUUUAAUUAUAUUCACUCUAGAGUUUUGAUUGAAUAAUGCUGGUUUCUCCUUGUUUUACUACUUAAUUAAUUUCAAAUGUUGCCCUGGGUAAUAGCUCUGUAUCUAAAUGAGGGCUGUUAGAAGAGGAGGGAUUGUGUGUACAGAUGCUUGUAAAUAAUGCUUAGGUGACACUAUUGUGAUAAUUAUAGCUUUUUGAAGAUGAGCUUUAUAGCUAGUCCUCAAUUUUCCCGUCGCUUCUUUCCUGGGCUCUUACACUUCAGGGAGCACAUUUGUUACGUGGAGCUAGCUGUUCGGGGAACUGAAUCCCCAGAGACGUCAGCAGCUCUGUGAAUCCACUUUUCAUUUUCCGUGCCUAACUUUGCAAAUCCUCAGAAGUACAGAAGAUUGCUCAACCACCCCUCCCCAAACUCCUCACCGCUAGUAAGGAUGUGGAAUAAGUACGUACAGCAGAAAGAAAGGGUAUCAAAUCUCCUAACCACUCCAGUUUUCAACCCCCAGGAAUAGCCAUCCCUGGAUCCAAGAGACCCGGAAGUGAUGCUGGGUCCUUGGUGGCUAGAAGGGUCCUAGCGAUGACCCUUUAUGUGGGAUUUGCAUCUCACGACUGUCUUCCCACCCCUUUCUGUGCCUGUGCUCAGGGGGCGCUGAGUGCUAGAGCUGGCAUGAAAGAAAUAGGUGCUGUGGCAGAUGAGUCCCCAACAGGCAUCUUCGAAAUUAACUCUUGGGACCCCCAGCCUUGUAGUGUUCCCAGGGGAGGAACCCAUUGUGUAUUUCCUGGUGUCGUUUUCCAGCUUACAUGUGUUCUCCAGCAUUUAGUUUUCAAGAGUCUUCGACAUUGGCUUCAUUGUCAUUGCUUUACUCACCAACUCAAUUAGAAUCUCAUUUCAGAUAGAAAUCAGCCAGUGAAUUUUGUUAAUGGAUCUUUUGGAAGCUUUUAGAGUCAGAACUGGAAAAGACCUUGGAAGGUCAUCACAUCCAGCCCUCUCCCCUUGCAGAUGAGAACCUUGACACCCAAAGAAAUCAUGUGACUAGGCUAGUGAGUUAGUGUCAGAGUGGGGACUAGAACCCAGGGUUCUUUAAGUACCUCGUUGUAGGGCAACAUGGCGUGGUCAUAUUAAAGUAUGUGGAGUAGUGAAUACUUAGCAGGUGUACUCUCUUUCAGUUUACUCAGUUUAUUUUUGAUGCUAUUGUCACGGGAUCCUUGGGGAGUCACUUCGCCAGCCGGAAACCUCUGUGGCCAAUGGCACCUUCUGCCUAAGUAUUGCUCGUGCCUGCUGGGCUCGUUCUGCCCACUUGGCCUGGCGAGCUGCGCUCAGUUCAUGCUACUGGCCCAGAUCCCACACCUGCCAAGGAUGAGCCAGGCAUGGAGUGAUGAGACUGUAUGGUGAGCGAGUGUGGGGUCCAGCCACUGUGCGCAGCCAGGCACACCCGGGGCUGUGGUGGGGCAGGCAGCUCCAGGCGCUGGCACAGGUGCUGGCUCCAUGCGAGGCUGCAGCUGCAUCAUAUGUACUGCACGUGGCUUCCACUGCAGGCACCCACAUCUGGACGAGAACGCAGUGGCACCCAGAAGGUUGGAGAUGCCAGGAACCGCAAAGCCCCAAAGAGGGUGUCACAGCCCUGGCUCGGGGAGCCCCUAAGUCUGGGCUAUGAAGUACACAGUCCUGGCCGCGCCUCCCUCACUACAGCUGGCAUCCCUGCAGUGGCUGCUCCAGACAGGCCACUUCUCCCAUCACUAUGAUAUCAUCAUAAUAAUGAAUUACAUGAACCAGAACUUCCUAAUUUUAUUCAACUUUUAAGGUUGACUCCUGGUAAACCAGAAUUCUCUUACAAUGACAUCCUUAUUGAAAGGCUUUAUAAAAUGCAUUGUUUUAGUUUUCUGAAUUAGUGACCACAGUUGACUCUUUCCUAGAUAUUGGGGAAUCUUGCUGUCCUUCAAAUCAUUCCUCCCACUGGUUAUAAUUGUGUAAGAUGAUAGCUUCAGAACAUGGCUUUGGCGUGAACACAAGCCAGCAGCUCCCUCUCCCCACCACCAUUAGCUUAUUUAAAAUACAAUAUUUAGGUUGUUUGAAUUCUUCCACAUGACCUUUAAAAGCCCUAUUGCUGGUAUUUUAUAGUAUUUGAGACAGUCUAUGAGUUAUCUGUAGUUCAGGAAAGUCAUGUAACUUGCUGCUAUUAUACCAGUUGCAUUUUGAUGUGACAUUGAUUUUUUUCCACCCGCUAUUUUCACAUCAGGUUGAACACAGACAUAGGCGAAAUAUAAGCCUGGCAGCGAGCUUUGCUUGGCUUGUUUACUUCUCUCGUUGGUAAAGUGGCCAUGAUUCAGCACUGGGUUCUUUUCUCCCUGAUGUGCUAGUGGAAGGAGAGAGAGAGGAAAUUCCAGGUUACCAAUAGCAGUAUGACCAUUAUAGUAGAAAACUGCAAAUUGUAGUCACUACCUUCUGAUUACCCCAGCUAAAAUAAUACCUCAUUCAAAAAACGACUAAAUGAGGCUCCAGAUACCACCUUCCAGCCCUCUUUAAUUCCCUCAGUUGAGAAAGAAGAAGAGGGGAAGAAACUAUGGAAAAUCAUUGAGAGGAUGGUUUCCUGUGUAAUUUUGAAUAGACUGUGUUGAACAUGGAAAACACUGGUGUUACCUAUUGUGCAUUUCCUUCAAGGCUGUUGCUGUGUGUAUGUCUUAGCAAGUUCAGAUUAUUUUGCACUCUCAAAACUGAAAGUUUGCUUUUUACCCCCAUAUACUUUCUUGCAUGACCAGUCUCUUAGAUUAUUGUGACAUUGUAGUCUGUAUAAUGAAUUCCUGCCUUGGUGGGCUUUCUGGUUCCUUUGAACCUUAGGGAAAGGCUUGGUUAGUUUUCAUUUGGUAUGCAUUGGCUGAGAAGCAGAGAUAACUGAGGGAAAGUAAAAACACUUCUUGUUAACUGGAUAGUGGAAGCUUGGAAAAGAAAAAAAUAUUGCAAACAUCACCUUAUCACGGGGAGUCAAUAAGCAGUGGCAGAAAGAAAGUGGGGCUUGGAGUUGUAAGAUUAGGUAUCAGCUUGGACCAUUUCCCUGUGUGGACCUGGGCAAGUCAUGCAACCCUCAGCCUGAGUUUUCUCAGUUGAAAAAUGGGCAGGUGCGCAGGGAGGAUGGGCACAACAGGGGUGGCGAUAUUUGCCUUACUCUGUGGUGAAUAACGGACCCCAGAGAAGUCCUUGUCCUCAUCCUUGGAACCUCAUCCUUGGAACUUGUGAAUAUGUUACCCUACGUGGCAAAAGGGACUUCAAGGAAGUGAUUAGGUUAAGGAUCUUGAAAUGGUGAGUUUAUCUUGAAAUAUCUGGUUGAGCCCAAUCUAAUCACAGGGAUUUUUAUGAAAAAGAGGUAGAAGAGUCAGAGUUAGUAGUAGGAGAUACAGCGACAGAACAAGAGUAAUGCAGGGAAAGGGCUUGUGAGCUGGGGAAUGCAGGCAGCCACUGGCAGCUAAAAAAGGCAAGGAACUGGCUGGGUGCAGUGGCUCAGCUUGUAAUCCCAGCACUUUAGGAGGCUAAGGCGGGUGGAUCUUCUGAGGUCAGGAGUUCAAGACCAGCCUGGCCAACAUAGUGAAACCCUGUCUCUACUAAAAAUGUAAAAUAUUAGCUGAGUGUGGUGGCACGUGCCUGUAGUCCCAGCUACUCGGGAGGCUGAGGAAGGAGAAUUGCUUGACCCUGGGAGGCAGAGGUUGUGAUGAGCUGUGAUUGUGCCAUUACACUCCAGCCUGGGCAACAAGAGCAAAACUCUGUCUCCAAAAAAAAAAAAAAAAAAAAAAGAGACAAGGAACCAGAUUCUUCCUUUAGAGCCCCCCAGAAAGAACCAGCUCUGCCAACACCUUCGCUUUAGCAAGGAGACCAAUUCAGACAUCUGGGCUCCAGACCUGUAAGAUAAUCAAUUCAUGUUGCUUUAAGCUGCUAAGUUUGUGGUAAUUUGUUACAGUGGCAAUAGGAAACUAAUAAACUAGCCUAUGCCAGUUCUUGUAGUGGUCAUAUGUGACAUUGUAUCUUAUAUAUUUAUACAUUUCAAAGUGCUACAUAGAUGUUACCCUUUUUAAAUGGAUCUUUUUACAUUCAUCUAGAUUUCCAGGUUGUGAUUAGAAUGAGUCAGGAAGACCAGGAGAACAAUAAAAAGGGCUUCUUAAUUAGGCAGUGAACAGAUUGUCUCUGAAAAUGUUAAACCCAUGUUAUUGAAUGCUUCUUCACUGUGAAAUUAUUCAUGGCCAUUAGUACCUGUGAGGCACUUUUUAGGGGAGCAGGCAGGUGUGUGCCUCACUUUAUGUAGCUGUGGGUCUCAACCUUGUAAGCUCAGUGGAGUCAUCGGGAGAGCUUUUAAAAGUCCUGAUGUCCAGGCAGCACCCCCAAGACAAUUGAAUCAGAACCUCAGGAAGUCAAACCACAACAAUGGAAUUUUUUAAAUCUCUCUAGGUGAUGGAAGUGUGCAGCUAAGUUUGAGACUCACUGCAGAGGUAUUGUGUUUGCUGAAUAAGAUUAUAAAUCAGUUUCUCUUUGAAGACUGACAAUCUAGAUGUUCUUUUGAGUUUUGGGGGAAGUGGGUGGUCUGUUGAGGACUCUGUCUUGUAUGUUUCAAUGAUAUAUACAGUGAGCGAUGAUGUAAUUGUGGCAGGAAAUACAAAAGUAUUUGUUACCUAACACUCUUGAGUAUGUUCAGCACACAGGUUGGUAUGUCCUGGUGGCAAACACAUUUUCAAUCAGCCAACAUUUUUCUCCUCUUGUUGCCCAGAGGUUUUUUAAAAAGCAGUAGUGAGGGGAAAAAAAGGAAGAUGUCUAGGCCUUUUCCUCAAAUGGGUGAGUCCCUUUAGACUUGAGGAAUAUUGUUUUUACUUCUGUCUUAUGUCCUUAUGUUUCCAGUCUGGAGGAGAAAUAAUCAUAUUGGAAUGUUUUCCUUUGGAACCACUGUUUCUAGAAGCCACGGUUUUUGAAAAUUACCAUUGCUGCUGGCCUUGUCAUAUUCCUGGGUGUUUUGAGAGCAGAUGUGCCCCCUGGCUGGCUCUGGGCUGCCUGUCACUGAGAGCGCCCUGGCCUUUGACAGUAGGUGAUGUCAUUUGCCUUAUAUAUGUCACAGGGAGGAUAUUAUAGAUAAAAUUGUUUUAAUAAGCCACAAGGUGCUCUGCAGAUGUCGUUGUUGUAUUUUCAAUGAGACUUCUAGGUUGAGGUUGGAAAGAUGAUAGAAAGCCUGUAGAAUAAGUUUAUUAUAUUCAUGUACUGCUGUAUAAGAACAGAUGGGGGUUGUUAUUUUCUAGUAUCCUAUGGUAUUGACCAAGUAGAGGCUCUAGUGCCACGUAACUUCUUACUGGUUAUUUAAGCAAUUGAGUUUAAUUUUCUCAACUAUAAAUGGAAACAUUAAUGCUUGGCUUUUUUAAGGUUCCCCUGGGUGAACUUGGGUGUCCAGACAGUCUGGAUUAUAUUGUCUCAGUUUAACCCUUGGCUCUGAAACUUACUGUCUGGGGGAUUCUCAGGUAGUUACGUCACUUAUGUGUACCUCCAUUUCCUCAUCUGUAGAAAAUGGAUAAAUAAGAUCCCCUUCCACAGGGCUGUCGUAAGGAUGAGAUAAGGCACGGGGAAAACUGGGCACCGUUCCUGAGCGUCUCACUGUAGCCUCACCCCUGAAGCUGGGGCAGCCCAGGCACUUGGCACGAAAAUAGACUAAUACAUCGGAAGAACAGAAACUCACUCAUGAAGGUGCUCAAUAGUCCAGCAUUUGACUUUUUGCCAUGAAGGAAGAGAGAGGCCAGAGAAGAGUCUCUUGCGGGUCCUAAUUUUUGUGGAAACAAGUCUCCAGGGAAACAAAGCCCUUGUGACUACCGGCUUGGGUGUGACAGCUGCCAGCCUUGUUCCAGCAAUGACAGCAGCCUCCAGAAGAGAAAUGGGCCAUUGGGGAACGCGAAAGAAUGUGUUUUGCUUUUAUGUCUGAAAUGAACACACCUGUGAGUACUGGAUGCCUGUGAGCUCGCCAUCACCCGCACUGCAAAGACACAGGGCGGCAGCCUCUGAGAAGCAGCUCCUUCCCCUUCACCUUGGCCUUGCCCUUCCUGCUCACAGUCCACCAUGGAGACGCUGUCCCAGGACUCUCUGCUGGAAUGUCAGAUCUGUUUCAAUUACUACAGCCCCCGGCGCAGGCCCAAGUUGCUGGACUGCAAGCACACCUGCUGUUCAGUGUGCCUCCAGCAGAUGAGGACCAGCCAGAAGGACGUGCGGUGCCCCUGGUGCCGCGGUGUCACCAAGCUGCCCCCCGGCUUCUCCGUGUCACAGCUCCCCGAUGACCCAGAGGUCCUGGCUGUCAUCGCCAUUCCACACACUUCCGAACACACCCCGGUCUUCAUCAAACUUCCCAGCAAUGGGUGCUACAUGCUGCCCCUGCCCAUCUCCAAGGAGCGUGCGCUGCUGCCCGGAGACAUGGGCUGCCGCCUGCUGCCCGGGAGCCAGCAGAAGUCCGUCACCGUGGUGACCAUCCCUGCUGAACAGCAGCCUCUGCAAGGUGGGGCUCCCCAGGAGGCAGCGGAGGAGGAGCAGGACAGGCGGGGCGUGGUGAAAAGCUCCACCUGGUCGGGGGUGUGCACUGUCAUCUUGGUGGCUUGCGUCCUGGUCUUCCUCCUCGGCAUCGUGCUCCACAACAUGUCUUGCAUUUCUAAGCGCUUCACUGUGAUAUCCUGUGGCUGAACAGGGCUACAGGGAAGUCUCUUGUGGGUGCCAACUUAGGGGUUGAGCAGGUUGAUGAUGAGAUCCCGGUGAGAAGAUGGGGGGCGACACUGACCAUUUGGUGCUGAGCGCUGGCCUCUGCAUUGCCUCUUGAUUACCCCAAAACAGACACAAAGGGCAGAAGGUGAGGUCUCAACAAGAUACCAAGCGAAUUGUUCUGAGUGUUGAUGGCAACAGCUUGGAAGAUGAUUGCAUGCAUCCUCAUAAUCAUGUAUUCAAUGGACUGUAAUUUAUGAUUUUUCAAAAUCAUGUUACAAGAUAGACAUAUUCUACUUAGACGUGAAACUGUACAAGUGUGUACAAUGUGACCUUCUCUAAAUGUGGUAGAUUCAAACAAAGAUGCUAUAUAGACAAGUAGAAUUAAACCUGCGAAUCCGUGUAAAAAUUCAGUGAAGACAUGCACUGCUGGCUUCUUUACUUUUUUUUUUUUCUUUUUAUUGAAACCCAGUCUUCAUUUAGUUGCUAAGGCUUUAAUACGUUUUGAAUGGCACCAAAACAAAAUAAGUCAAAAUGGACAGUCCUUUUUUUUUUGGAGAAAAUAUUUGAACAAGUGUCUCCAAUGUGUUGUGUUUUGUCAUGAACCUUCAUUUUCUUCACUUGUAAUUAGAACUUGCUACGUGUUUAUGAAACUGAAAGCUCAACAGGGGAGCAAUAAACCGAGAAAUCAUGAGAAAUGUGUAAUCCCACAGGAAACCUGUAUGCCGAUUUUUCUCAAGCCAUCUCACAAACAAGAAUUUCAAAUGUAAAUACUGUGUAUUUGUGUGUGUAUGUAUGUGUGUCUAAUUUGAUUUACCUCAGGUGUUUGAGUCUUUGCUGAAGAAUCCUGGAUUAAGACUUAAUUGGGCAUGAGUGAGUCCAGCCUCUGAAGCGGUGGCCACUUCAUGGACAUCUUGACCCAGCAGGGAGUCUCCUGCCCGUCACCUGCAACACUCACCCCUCAUCUGUGUAUUGAAGUCCUGCCUUUUGUAAGAGGCAAAUGGAGAGUAACAGAAGAGUGUCUUUUCUUCUGGUUUUGGAGUCUCGUGCUGGCCAUGAGUGUUGUGAUUGACGGCCAACCCGGGAGGGCAUUUUAAUAGAUGGUCUGUGAUUCUUUUUUGAAAGAUGCUCUUCCACAAGAGUUAAGCCAGUUAGAAUUCCAGUUUCCUCUUGUUGAUAUAAGAGAGAAGAUCUUCUGCAUUUUAACAGUUUUUACUGACAAAAGUGGCAAGGUAAACUAACAGCUGAAAUUCCCAAUAUAAGUGGACCAGUUCCUCAUAAACUGUCAAAUAUUCUUAAAUGUGUAAUGAUUAUAGAUGCUCAUGAAGAAAGAUCUGCCAGAAGUGAGUGAUAAAUUCCUAUCCCUGGGUGCAUGUGCAUUCAGAAAUAGCUGUGAGCUUUACAGUUCUCAUCUAACUUCUUUUAAGGAAUUCAUGAAGCAAGUGGUAUGUGACACGGACUCCACUUAUAAAUAUAACUGUUUUUAUGUUCCACUGAAUCCCUGAAAAUGGUGAGGAGGGUGGGGGGAAGUGAAGGAAAGACAAGCAGGGCUAAUUCCAAAAAGCAAGGCUAGAAAAUAGCCCUGUGAGGUCAAGACAAUUUAAUUUAUUUACAUGCUACCUGUUAUUUUCAAGCAGCACAAAAUAUGCAUAUAAAAGUGAUGGAAUUAAUGUGAAAUAAAACAAAAAUAUAGUGACUACAAUACAAAGCUAAUACCGCUAAUUGGCAUGAGAAUUUCAACAUAAAAUUAUGAGCUAUGAUUUUUCAAAUUUGUCAUAAAACCUUUAGGAAAUGUAUUUGAAAGCUCAAAAUAGAAAUUAGGUUAAAAUGCCAUUUUAUUGUGUAAGCUCUUGGGCAUUAUACAACAAAUAAUCUAGGAUUUAUUUGGUAUUAAUAAUUUAGGUAUCAUAUUAGCUGAAUACUAUCCUCUAUUACAUAACAUAAUAUACUGUUGGGUUAGUGUCAGUUUCUCAAACUCUCCCAGGCUGCUGUGAUGCAUGUCUGACCUAAUUUCUAUUUCUCUUGGAGGAAAAUACACACACACACACACACAAACACACGCACAAACACACACACACACACAAACACACACCACAGAAAUGUUGCAUUGAGAAUGCUACAUUUCAAAUAGACUUUACCCUUGCAAUUUUAAGCUAUGCCAUAUUCAGAUUAAUUUUGUGAGUGAUAUCUGCAUAUGUUUCUGUACAGUAUGAAAUGACUGAUUCUGUAGUGUAGUACGUGAUAGAGCUCUACUUGUUAAAGUAGGUUAGAUAUAGACACUAAUAUGUGUAAUGAUAGUGUCCUGUGUUUCUUAGUGCAAAUCUGUAAAAAUGUCCAUAGAACUUUUACUUAAAAACAAUCCUGUGCUAGAGCUGCCAUUAAGCGUGCAAAAUUAAUCGGCUGUAUGGUAGAUUCUUGACCUUAAAUUUAAUAAUAACAACCCAAAUCAGAUUAUUAAUUUUUUUUUUGCGAGUCUUAUUGACCUAAGAAACAUUGUUUAAAUUGUUUAAAUGGAUUCUACCUGCAGUUAUUUGUGUACCUGUUUGUUGGGGUGUGCAUUCUUGUGUGUGUGUGCGUGUGUGUGUGUGUGAGAGAGAGAGAGAGAAUCUCAGUCUGCCAGAUAGAAUUUUAUAGGCUUAGUGAUGUUUUAAUGUUGCUUGGCAUCCCAUUGCUCUGGCCUCUUCUGGAAUUUACCAAUGACCCUUACCAAACACAUCUACCCAUGUAACCAAAGUCCACUGACACAAGAGGCCAGAAUUCAUACUUGCACAUUAAUGAAAAGUCACAACUGGAAAGCACAGAAAGUUAGAGCUGAAAGCAGCCUCCGGUGGCUUCAUUUUGUAGAUUAGUCCAUUUUGUAAUUCUGCAGACAAGGGGGGAUAUGAACUUUGCACUGCAGUGUCUUCUUGUUCCAUCCUAGGUCUGUCUACAUCUCUAUCUGGCUAUGAUCCUUUCUAGGGUUGAUGAAUACCCUUUAUUGAGUCAACUACUACUUCAAAGGAUUUUUUUUGUAGGUUUAUGUACUCAUUUUAGUUAGCAUCUACCUCUCUGGGAAAAUGAAAGGAGGGUUGACUUAGGGAUGAGUAUAGAUGUUGAAAGACAACUAUCAAACCAUGUGGUUUGAGUUUUUAAAAUUGUAAAACAUUGGUGUCCAAACCUCCCACCCCACUUGUAUGUAAAGGACAGUGAGUGUUGUGUAAAUAGUAAACUAUAAGAAGCAUGAGUUUUCAUCUUUAUUAAUGAUCUUGAAAUAAGUAAGAGAAUGCUUAAUAUGUUAAGUAGAGCCAAGAAUGCUACUAAGAAGCAUUGUCUUUGGAAAAAUUUUGUAUAAUGACUUGGGGCAUAAGUUGUGAUGAAAAGGCAACUCGGUUUUCGGUUCCAGUCAUACUUAGUGAUCAGAAAGCUCUAAGAUAUUUUCUUUAAAAAUAGAAUUAAGUUUAAUUUUUUGCAUGGCUUACAGAUUGGGUCCCUUGAAGGUUAAACCAUGCGAUGGUAUAACCCGUGAGAUCUUCUAGAUGGGCUCUGUUCAAUAGGGCUUUCUGUGAUGAUGGAAAUGCUCGAAAACCUGUGCCAUCUGGUAUAGUAGCCACCAGACUUUUAGGCAGUUAAAAUGGGGUUACUACAAGGUAAGAACUGGAUUUCAAAUUUUAUUUAAUUUUAAUUAGCUGAAAUAUAAAUAGCCGUAUGUGUCUAGUGGUUGCCAUAUUGAACAAUGCAGUUCUAGGUGAUUGUGCUUGGAGAUCUAGCAUCAAGGUAUUAAUGGCGUAGCGGUGAGGCUAAGAAAAGAGUUUGUGGGCUAGGAACAUGCAGGUAGAAAAAGGCAAAAAAUUCCUUUCUGGGCUUAAAAAGUGUAUGAUCUCAAGUAUGACAGUAAAAAUUCAUUGUUGCCCUUUGGAACUGUUGCUUAUAGACUUUAGACCAAGGAAUGAUCAGUGAAGCUUAAAGAGUGCUUUAUUAAGCUGCUUUUCUGGGAUCAUUAGUUGCAUGUGAACCUGUUGUCCAAAAAUAGUAGUUAGACAGUAGCUGUAAAACGUUUGACUUGCAAGCUAUGCAUGACCCGUACUGUGAAAUUGGGUCUUGUGGCCAAAAAAUAAAUGUUACAGGGAAAAAAAAAAAAAAGCCUAAUGAAAUCCCUGUUCACUUCCAAUAUCUUAUCCAAACUUCAUUGCUGUAUUAGUAAGGUGCAAAUGUAAGAGCAAGCAUGCUUUGCAGUGUUCAGACUGGUUUUGUUUGCCCUUGAAGGCCAGCUUGUCAUUGUAUUUGGUGUGGGCAUAUGUGGGCAUCAUUUUUCAGAUGCCAGACUAAAAUGUAGGUACUAUUUUUAGAAUGAGAUUUGACAUUGUUUUAGUCACUGUCUUUUUUAAGCAAAAAUUUCAGUUAUCACUGAGAGUUGAAGAUUUGAAGCUUUGCACAAAAGCACUUCUUUUAACAGUAAAAAGUAUUGUCCGUGAAAUUUAAAGACUUGAAGGUUACUAAAGCUACAAGAAUUACUUUUUAGCUAAAUAAAAGGAAGCAGAAAAUUCAGUUUCAGAUAUAUUUUCCCAUAAAGACCCGAUUCUUACUGAUAAUCUGGUAUUUAUUCCAGUCUAGAUUUUGAUUUGAAGAGUUCCCAUCCCUUUAUUUGAAAACUUACGUUGUUUCAAAAUUGGUUAGUCUACUUUUCAUUGUUUUCCAAAUGGAAUAUAUACAAAAUGCAUUUACUUCAUUUUAGCAGAAAUGGGUUGUUUUGUUUUUUGGGGCUUUUUUCUAGAACUCAUCAAUGGGCAAGACUUUCCUUCUUAGCUUGCCUUUAAAAGUCAUUUAUUUUAUUUUAUUUUUUGCCAAGAUAGUAAUCUUUCUUUAGCCUUAAGAGGAAGAUAGAAGUUCAAAAGUUAUCAGUGCAAGAGGAGUGAUACACAAAAGACUUCAAUUUCUAUCUUUUCUCAGAAAAAUGAUGCUGCCCACCAGUCAGCAUUUUGUUUCCACAUAAGAAGUGUCAGGUAGUCAGUCUGUCAUCCCUGACCUAGAUAGAGAAGCUGUUGCUUGACAUUUCCAUCAUUCUCAGUAAAUUGUCACCCACAAGGUAAUUCUUACCAAAACAGAAACUACUGAGAAGAAUAAGGUAGUCAAGAUAAUUCAGUAGCUGUUUUGAAAGUAGUAGUCUAUUUCAAAAGCAAUGAUGUUCAGUUGCCGAAUUUUGUUCAACAUGAGACACUUAUUUAUAUAUUUAUUUAUUUAUUUAUGAGAUGGAGUUUCACUCUUGUUGCCCAGGCCAGAGUGCAAUGGCGUGAUCUCAGCUCACUGUAACCUCCACCUCCCAGGUUAAAGCUAUUCUCCUGCCUCAGCCUCCCGAGUAGCUGGGAUUACAGGCAUGCGCCACCAUGCCCGGCUAAUUUUGUAUUAUUUUAAGUAGAGACAGGGUUUCUCCAUGUUGGUCAGGCUGGUCUCCAACUUCUGACCUCUGGUAAUCUGCCCGCCUCAGCCUCCCAAAGUUCUGGGGUUACAGGAGUGAGCCACCGCACCCAGCGGACAUGAAACACUUCUAAAAGAUAAGUGGAAAUUCAAGCCAUUGAUUUUUCUGACACAACUGACUUACUACACACACAUACACACACACCAUGAUUUAGCUGUAAUUGGAGUUAAAAAUCAAGUAAAAUCUUAUUAGUCAUGUUUUCCAAUUUGUGAGUUAUACAAUAUUGGAUUAGAUGUUAAUUUCUUAACCAUUGCUAUGGGCUGCAUACAUUACGUCAAACUAACUACCUUUGGGAGUGUCCAUAUAAACACUUGAAACUUUUCAAAUAUAUGAAGAGGUAGGUUCUACUGUAUACAUUUUAUUGGAAAGCCGUUGAUCAUUAAAGAACAUUAGCAGGUGGGGCAUUUAAUUUCUUCCAAAUACCUUAUUUUUGGAUCUGCUCAAGUGGUUAGGGCAAGUGCACCAUUAUUCCUGAACCCCUGCAAUUUGGGUUCCCAUUUUUCUGCACAAAUUUUCUUGCUCAGUCGAGCCAAUGACUUUUUUUUUUUUCAGAAUUCACUGCCUGGGGUAUCCCACUAUAUAUAUAUCUCACCUAUGAUGUAGUGGUGCUUGAAACACUCAUCUCAUAAGCUAGAUUUUAUUAUUCUAAUCUAAGGUUUUUUAUAUUAUUCAUACUAUUAUAUUUUUAGGGACAAUCAGUAAUAUUUGGGGCAGAGUACUGAGGGACCUCUUGAAGUCUGCAACAGCAUGCAUUUUCUUUGUUUUUCUGGGAGUGCUUCCCUGUAGUUGUCUUUGUUCUAGAACACUGCUCUAAAUUUAUUGCCAUGGGAUGUAGGGCUAGUAGCCCAUGUGAAAGUCUUCUGUAAUCUCCUUGGGGUGUGAGUUAUUGGGUUAUUCUAACAGGAGUUUUCCAAAGGGAUGGUCCAUUUUUAAUUCAACAUUUGCUUUUUGAAGAUCCAGAAGUAGACAGUUGGAUAUAAUAGUGGUGGAAGAGCAUGGGCUGUAAACAGAAGGAAACGGAGAUGACCAAUGCCUCUUAAAGGGGAUCUAGUUGAUACCUCUGUUAAAUAGUGGCAGAACACAGUAGCUGGUACCUUACACUGUGCUUUAGGAAAAUUCUAUGAAGAUUUCAUUUACAAAUCCUCAUAGGAUUUUCUGGAUUGAGGGACAACCCAACUAUUAAAUAGAGGGAGAGGGAGAAAGAGAGGGAGAGGGAGAGGGAAAAGGAGAGGGAGAGGGAGUGGGAGAGAGAGAGGAGAGGUGAAGCAUUGGAUCUAUGUCAAGGGACAGGCAGAUAUACCCAGAGAGGGAAAAAAUACUUAAUAAAGGAAGAGUACAGCUGCAAAACAAGACAUACAGGAGCUGAAGCAGACAUGGCAGAAACCAGCUGGAGAAAGCACAGGACAACUAGGACAAUUUAGUUAAGCACAAUCUGUCAUUCCAGUAUGGACUACCAAGUUCAAUUCAGGAUGCUUCAGUUGAAGACACGUGGGGUAAUGUGCUCAGCUGACGAGGGUCCAAGGAGGCCCCAUUUUCCCUGUCACCCUAUCCUAUGCUCGUGCUUUGGAUCGUUAGCACACUAGGCAAUUUCAGAGCCCGCUCUAGAGUUGGUUGCCACAUCAGUACAGACUCUAGAAUCCUCUUAACCAUGGAAUGCAAGGCCUAUUCCUGUGGAUCUAUCCUGACUUGAUUAUGUCAGUACUGUUGGGAAAAUGAGUUCAAGAAUAUUUCAGUUUAUAUAUCCUGGUCGCUGUCAUAUAUUUUUUCAUUUCACCACUUGUUUGUGUUUGCCUCACUCAACAGUCAUAGGUGUGGAAGCUGGUUUCAGCUUGGGACUGUUACAAACUCCCAACACAAGCCAUGUAGCUGCAGCCCAGGGUUUCUCCCACCCUACAGCUUCAGCGGUGGGUUCCCUGGCCCUCUUGAUAACAAAUAUUCCAGUCUAAUGGCUAGAUUAAUGCUGCUCAGAGGCUAUUAACUCAAAUCCUUGAUGUGUUUCAUUUACAAUUAUGUGGAUUAUUUAUUUUAGGAGCUUUUUUUUUAAGGGCCAAAUAGCCCGACAGAUAAAUGAGCUGCUGGGCUGUGUAGAAAAUACUGUCCAAAUGUUGCCAAAUAUUGACUUCAUAAAGGGGAUAUCAAGCUGCUGUUUAUAAAUCUGAAUGUCUUAAAAGCAUUCUUGCUUGCUCUCUCUGUUAUAGAUGGUGUCUUAGCCAGUCCUGAGUUUUCCAAUGAACCCAAUUUUAAUAUAUGGUAUUUUUGUAUGCCAAACUGGUGUCUUGUCCUUUGUAUAUGUGGUAAUGUUGAUUUUAUGACUACUGUAAAAACACAUUUGCUAUGAUUAAAAUUCAUAAAAUGAUUUCAAA